UAAGGCUCCUUCUAUUUAUUCGAUUCUCUAUGCAAGUUGCAAUUUUCUUAAGCUCUGACGCACCCCAUUAAUUCACAUCCUGCACUGUCCUUCUUAACAUUAAUCCACGUAGGUUCUGAUUCUGACACAAGACUUUGUUUGCCGCUUUCAACAAACAUUUCAAAUCGCUUAAGGCAUAGUGCACAUGGGGAGACACUCUUGCUGCUACAAGCAGAAGCUUCGUAAAGGCCUCUGGUCUCCGGAGGAAGACGAGAAGCUUCUCAAUUACAUCACCAAACAUGGCCAUGGAUGUUGGAGCUCCGUUCCAAAACUAGCUGGUCUUCAGAGGUGUGGCAAGAGCUGCAGAUUAAGGUGGAUAAAUUACCUUAGGCCUGAUUUGAAGAGAGGAGCAUUCUCACAGCAAGAAGAGAACUCCAUAAUUGAACUCCAUGCAGUCCUUGGCAACAGGUGGUCACAGAUUGCAGCUCAGUUACCAGGAAGAACUGAUAAUGAGAUAAAGAAUCUAUGGAAUUCUUGUCUGAAGAAGAAGCUUAGGCAAAGAGGCAUUGAUCCAAACACACACCAACCCCUCUCUGAGGUUGGAAAUGACAAGGAUAAGGCACUCACAGCUGACAACAAAAGCAACCAGAAAGGCAACAAUGAGGUGAGUCUUGUUGAGCCACCAAAGGCAAAGCCAAUAAUAACAACUACCAAUUCUAUGGCUUUGGAGAGUUAUCCCCUUGAAGUUUCUUCCAGCUCCAAGAUCAGCAAUGGCAACAACAGCAUCAGCACCCCACCUACCCUAGACAGGUUUGGCACCUAUCAUGAGAACUGCAUCACAAGUUCUGACAUGAUGGGAAUGGGAUAUUUCCCUUUCCAGCACCUGAACUAUGGACCAAACAUGGGACUCACUACUACCAACACCCCACUUUGCUUCAUGCCAAGUUCCACUUCUUCCCAAAUCAUGUCAGAGCUGAACUCCACCAUGCUCCAUUCUGUGUUCCCAACACAUGUGAAGCAAACUGUUAGCUCAAACAACAACCCUUCUUCCAUAUCCUCUGAUGGUGUUCAGAACUGGGAAGGCAGCACCUUCAGUAACAACAACAAUGCAAGCAAAAGCAAUGGUAGCAGUAGCUGCAGCAUCCAAUUACAAAGCAGCUCCAACUUCCUUGAUAGCAACACAAUAACAUGGGGGCUGCAGCAGGCAGAAUCUGCCAACAAUAAUAAAGAUGCUCAUUCUCAUGUUGUACCCUUGCAAUCAGAACAAGAAGACAUUAAAUGGUCUGAGUAUCUCAACACCCCUUUUUUUCUUGGAACCACAGUGCAGCAUCAAACCACACACUCCAUCUACAGUGAUGAGGUUAAGCCAGAAACAGGCUUCAUAGCAGACGAAUCAAGUACUAGUUGGCAACAUAUACAGCAUUUUCAACCUUCGGAUAUAUAUACCAAAGAUCUGCAGAGAUUUUCAAUGGCUUGUGGACAAACCCUCUAGCAGCCUCGCCCUGGCAGUGUGUGUACUUAACACGUGGUUAACUCAACCAAAGAGAGGACCAAGAUGCCGACAUUUCCAAUUUGAAAUAGGUCAGAAAUUUGUCGUGAGUUCUGACCGCAGGUGUGUGCUGUAAAUUUUUUCCUUCUAUAAUUUUCUUUUGAUAUUGUAAAUGUGUCUGAUUUAUAUAUAUCCCCCAAAAAAAGAAAAAGGAAACUCAGCAAUCAGCAUUAUCUUACAGUAUAUUUAAUAUAUGUGAUUGAUUCAAGCUUCUUCUUCUUAUCAUAAAACACAGAAGCGUUACUGCAGAAUAAGGCUUGUUCCAAAUCGAUGUUCCUUUUUUGUAGCACUAUGAUGGAUCUAUAUACAAUUUCUCACAGUGAGCAUUAUUCUUUUGAAUAAGGAUUUUGUUUUGUUCUUAUUCUGUGACAGUUACCAUUAACGUGAUGGAGCGUGCGUGUGUUUGAAA